GCGGCGGAAAUUCAUGGCUAAGACGUCGUAGUCAGGGCCUGGCCAGUCAAAUUACGCCAACCACCGCCUGGCUGGCCACGAGAUAAAUACUGUUGCUCCCGGCCUUUUUAUUUAAUUUCCUUUCUCUGUGCAUCUGUUUCUUGACGACUUGCUACGGGUAAUCGACCAAACCUCUCAUUGUUGUCGUUGUGUCACUAUCGCCAGCACGCGAGCAUUCACAGCAGAUCGUUGACGCUUUCGGCCAGGCCACACUCUCCUGCAGCAAGCAGACCAAGCUUCUCGAGAUCAAGACAUUAUCCUCACAACUCCAACAUCAUCAAGCCAACACACAAGCCACAAUGACGACCUACAUCACCAAAUACGCUGCCAAGCAGCUCCUAGGCAAGAACAUGGAGAAGUUCAAGCACAAGGAUCCCGCCGGCGAAGAUGACCCCUUUUUCACCUACAUCGACCACCCGCGCAAAAAGGGCAAGAAGAAGAAGGUCAAGAAGCAGGUCCCGGACUACAUCCCGGAGCACGACGCCGUGAUCCUAGCCAAGAUGCGGCAGCGCGCGUACUGGCUCGACUGCUCGCUCUUCACGCUGUUCGGCCAGCGCUUCGGCUGGAGCAGUGUGAUUGGCAUUAUCCCCGGAUUCGGCGACGUCGCAGACGCCCUCCUCGCCCUCGCCCUCUUCUCCCGCCUGCGCACCUGCGAGUGCGGCAUCGACCCGACCACCCAACUCCAAAUGCUCAUCAACAUCCUCAUCGACUUUGUCAUCGGCCUCAUUCCCAUCCUGGGCGACAUCCUCGACGCCUCCUUCCGCGCCAACACGCGCAACCUGCGCCUGUUCGAGAGGCAUCUCGACAAGGUGUACAAGCCCAAGACGCUGCGGGAGUCGGAGCGCAGGCAGAGUAAGCUGGGACAGCAGAUUCCGCCGCCGGCGACGGAGUAUGCGUUUUUUGAGGACGACGAGGAGGAGGGGUUGCCGCGGUAUGAGCAGGAUGGUGGUGGGUCUGGGGUUGCGCAGCCGGCGCCGGUGAGGCAGCAGGAUGGUGGGCGGGCGGGGAAUGGUGUUGGUGCGGUGUAUGCUGCGCCGGCGCAGGACGAUCCGCGCCGGAAGAAGUCGGUCAAGAAGGAGCGGCGGUGAGGACGGAGGGGCGGCAGUGAGGAAGGUGUGUGCGACGAAAGACUCGGCGGUCCAUUUUGGUAUGAAUGUGUUGAGAGUUGGCUUGAGUACAGGAGGGUGUUCCGAUGACUUCUUGUUAAUCCCCCGAUUGAAUGAUAUGACGAGACGCCCACGACGAAUGUAAUGUAUGUACACACAUAGUAAUAAGCACCGUAAUUAAUAUGCACACCGGAAUGAACUUGAAC